AUGGCUGAAACUUUCCUUCAAGUUGUGCUAGACAAUCUCACUUCUUUCCUCAAAGGGGAACUUGUAUUGCUUUUUGGUUUUCAAAAUGAGUUCCAAAAGCUUUCAAGCAUCUUUUCUACAAUCCAAUCCGUCCUUGAAGAUGCUCAGGAGAAGCAAUUCAACGACAAGCCACUUGAAAAUUGGUUGCAAAAACUCAACGCUGCUACAUAUGAAGUCGAUGACAUCUUGGAUGAAUAUAAAACUAAGGCCACACGAUUCUCCCAGUCUGCAUAUGGCCGUUAUCAUCCAAAGGUUAUCCCUUUCCGUCACAAGGUUGGGAAAAGGAUGGACCAAGUGAUGCAAAGACUAAAUGCAAUUGCUGAGGAAAGAAAGAAUUUUCAUUUGCACGAAAAUAUUAUAGCGAGACAAUCUGUUAGACGGGAAACAGGUUCUGUAUUAAUUGAACCACAAGUUUAUGGAAGGGACAAAGAGGAAAAUGAGAUAGUGAAAAUCCUCAUAAACAAUGUUCGUGAUUCCCAAAAAAUUUCAGUCCUCCCAAUACUUGGUAUGGGAGGACUAGGAAAGACGACUCUUGCCCAAAUGGUCUUCAAUGAUCAGAGAGUAACUGAGCAUUUCUAUCCCAAAAUAUGGAUUUGUGUCUCGGAUGAUUUUGAUGAGAAGAGGUUGAUAAAGGCAAUUGUAGAAUCUAUUGAAGGAAAGUCACACAGUGACAUGGACUUGGAUCCACUUCAAAAGAAGCUUCAGGAGCUGCUGAAUGGAAAACGAUACUUGCUUGUCUUAGAUGAUGUUUGGAAUGAUGAUCAACAGAAGUGGGAUAAUUUAAGAGCAGUCUUGAAGGUUGGAGCAAGUGGCGCUUCUGUUCUAAUCACUACUCGUCUCGAAAAGGUUGGAUCAAUUAUGGGAACAUUGCAACCAUAUGAAUUGUCACAUCUGUCUCAAGAAGAUUGUUCAUUGUUGUUCAUGCAACGUGCAUUUGGACACCAAGAAGAAAUAAAUCCCAACUUCGUGUCUAUGGGAAAGGAGAUUGUGAAAAAAUGUGGUGGUGUGCCUCUAGCAGCCAAGACUCUUGGAGGUCUUUUGCGCUUCGAGAGAAAAGAAAGAGAAUGGGAACAUGUAAGGGAUAGUGAGAUUUGGAAUUUGCCUCAACAUGAAAGUACUAUUUUGCCUGUCCUCAGGCUGAGUUAUCAUCACCUUCCACUUGAUUUGAGACAAUGCUUUGCAUAUUGUGCAGUAUUCCCAAAGGACACCAAAAUGGAAAAAGAAAAGCUAAUCUCUCUCUGGAUGGCACACGGUUUUCUUUUAUCAAAAGGAAAGGAGUUAGAGGAUGAUGGUAAUGAAGUAUGGAACAAAUUAUGCUUGAGGUCUGUCUUCCAAGAGAUUGAAGUUAAAUCUGGUAAAACUUAUUUCAAGAUGCAUGAUCUCACCCAUGAUUUGGCUACAUCUCUGUUUUCUGCAAGCACAUCAAGCAGCAAUAUCCGAGAAAUAAAUGUAGAAAGUUACUCACAUAUGAUGUCCAUUGGUUUCGCUGAAUUGGUGUCUUCUUACUCUCCUUCUCUCUUGCAAAAGUUUGUCUCGUUGAGGGUGCUUAAUCUGAGUGACUUGGGACUCAAGCAGUUACCGUCUUCCAUUGGAGAUCUAGUACAUUUAAGAUACUUGAACCUGUCUGGCAAUUGGAAUAUGCGUAGUCUUCCAAAGGAGCUAUGCAAGCUUCAAAAUCUGCAGACUCUUGAUCUAUAUAAUUUCCAGUCACUUUGUUGUUUGCCAAAACAAACAAGUCAACUUGGUAGUCUCCGAAAUCUUUUACUUGAGAAUUGCUAUAGAUUGACUUUUAUGCCACCAAGGUUUGGAUCUUUGACAUGCCUGAAGACUCUAGAUUUCUUUGCUGUGGGUGAGAAGGAAGGUUUUCAACUUGUUGAACUACGAAACCCGAAUCUCUAUGGCAAAAUUAAAAUUACACAUCUUGAGAGAGUGAAGAAGGAUACGGAGGCAAAAGAAGCCAACUUAUCUGGAAAAAUGAAUCUGCAUUCUUUAAGCAUGAGUUGGGAUGAUGAUGAACCACAUAGAGAUGAAUCAGAAGAAGUUAAAGUGCUUGAAGCCCUCAAACCACACCCCAAUCUGAAAUCUUUAGAAAUCAUUGGCUUCAGAGGAUUCCGUCUCCCAGAGUGGAUGAAUCACUCAGUUUUGAGAAAUGUUGUCUCUAUUACAAUUAGAGGAUGUGAAAACUGCUCUUUCUUACCACCCUUUGGUGAGCUGCCUUGUCUAGAAAGUCUAGUGUUACACAAGGGGUCUGCGGAGGUGGAGUAUGUUGAAGAAGAGGAUAUUGAUGUUGAUUCUGGAUUCCCCACAAGAAUAAGGUUUCCAUCUCUGAGAGAACUUUGUUUAUUCAAUUUUCGUAAUCUGAAAGGAUUGCUGAAAAAGGAAGGAGAAGAGCAAUUUCAUGUGCUUGAAGAGAUAUCGAUUUACUGGUGCCCUGUGUUUGUUUUUCCAACCCUUUCUUCUGUCAAAGGAUUGAAAGUUAAUGGGGACGAGGUAGAUGCAGCAAGUUUCAUGUCCAUAUCUAAUCUUAGCACACUUACUUCCCUCUGCAUUAGCAGUAACAAAUCUACUUCGCUCCCAGAAGAGAUGUUCAAAAGCCUUGCAGAUCUCAAGUACUUGACUAUCUCUUUCUUUAUGAAUCUGAAAGAGCUGCCUACCAGCCUUGGUUGUCUCAGUGCUUUGAAGUGUCUGCAAAUUCAAUGUUGUGACGCACUAGAGAAAUUCCCCGAGGAAGGGAUGAAAGGAUUAACUUCACUAACAGAGUUAUCUGUUUAUUGCUGUAAGACACUAAAAUGUUUACCCGAGGGAUUGCAGAACCUAAAAGCCCUGACAAGAUUGAAAAUUAGUGACUGUCCAGAAGUGGAAAAGCGGUGUGAGAAGGGUAUAGGAGAAGACUGGCACAAAAUUGCUCGCAUUCCGUAUCUGUAUAUUAGUUAG